AUGGAAAAGAGAAUGUCUCAGAGACAUUUGCCCCUUACAUAUUGUAAAUUCAUAACCCAUAUUUCGUGGCGUAGGGCUGAUUGUUAUGCCACAUGGGUGACCGAACCCAGCGCCGAGUCUCGAUGCCGAGGAGACUUUCACGAAUCAAUCAGCACCAGAAAGACUGCUGCGCUUCGACACCAGCGCGAGCUCUUAUGGCGAUACAAGCGCGAACGAAACAUGCUCUCCCAGACCGCUUUUCGGGCCUCACUACGAGCCCUCCCUCGAGCUAGUCGCCCUGCCCUCCCUCGUUCCAAAACAUACUCCCCUCCAUUAUGGCCCAUAUCGCGAUCCUCAAUACCAAGCCAAAGAUUUAGAUCCGAAUUUCCGAGAUAUCCUCCCUCUUCCCCUCAGCCUCCGCGACAUCCAGGCAGAGUAGUCCAUGUCAGAUAUGACCCCGAAGCAGCACGGAGAGCAAAACCACUUAUCACGACCCAACAAGUCUCCAAUGCUUUCCGAAGCCGGUCGUCGAAAUGGAUAAUGAUUGUGGCAGUCGGGGGGGCCGGCGUAUUUUACUUCAGCAACAUAGAGGAGGUGCCGGUUUCCGGAAGGAAGCGCUUUAACUGCUAUACCGAGGAAGCUGUGGAGAAACAAGGGGACAUAUUGUAUCACAACAUCAUGGCAGAUGCGGAGGGUUCUAUUUUGCCUAGCUGGGAUCCUAGGGCGAGGAUGGUAGAGAGGGUUAUGAAGAGGCUAAUACCGGCAAGCGGACUAGAGCAUGUGAAUUGGGAGGUCUACGUUAUUAAUUCCCCAGAAAAGAAUGCUUUCGUUAUCCCGGGAGGCAAAGUAUUCGUUUAUAGCGGUAUCCUACCCAUUGCGAAGACAGAUGAUGGUCUCGCGGCUAUCCUGGGCCACGAAAUAGCACAUAAUCUUGCCCAGCACGCUGCGGAAUCGAUGUCCUCACUCGUUAUGCUCUCUCCCAUCCGGUGGGCGCUCAUAUUCCUAGAUGCCACGGGCUACACGGGUGGAUUGGGACGGAUCGCUGGGGAUAUUGCGAUGGAUUUUGGUCUGAUGAGACCGGCUUCCCGGAAGCAAGAAAGCGAAGCGGAUUAUAUUGGAUUAAUGAUAAUGUCCAAGGCUUGCUAUGAUCCAAACGCUGCAGUUGGCGUGUGGCAGCGUAUGGAGGCUGCUCAAGCAGACCAGAUUCCACAGUGGCUGUCGACACAUCCUUCGAAUACUUCUAGGAUAGAGACGAUGGAGAAGUGGGUGCCGAAAGCAGAAGCAGUGAGGGAAGAGAGCGGUUGCGCAGCAACUCUGGGCUACUCCAAGGGAUUCAACGAUGUCCUCGGCGGCUGGCGUGGCUUUGGGAUUAUGCGGCCAUAA